GACGAUGGCCCUUACUCGAAGGGGAGCAAGGACUCUGGUGGGAUGGACGCAGCCCUGGUCUCCAGGAGGCAAAGCAUCCCAGAGGAGUUCAGAGGGGUCACCAUCGUGGAGCUGAUUAAGAAGGAAGGAAGCACCCUUGGGUUAACCAUUUCGGGUGGUACAGACAAAGAUGGAAAGCCAAGAGUCUCCAAUCUGAGGCCAGGAGGACUGGCUGCAAGAAGCGACCAGCUGAACGUCGGGGAUUAUAUCAAGUCAGUGAAUGGCAUUAACCUGACCAAGCUGCGGCAUGAUGAGAUCAUAAGCCUGCUGAAGAACGUGGGUGAAAGGGUAGUGCUGGAAGUAGAGUACGAGCUUCCGCCAGCUGUGCCAGAAAGCAGUGCUGGCAUUAUUCCCAAGACCAUAGAAGUUUCCCUCUACAAGGAAGGCAACAGCUUUGGCUUCGUGCUGAGAGGGGGAGCCCACGAAGACUGGCACAAGUCGAGACCGCUGGUGCUCACCUACGUGAGGCCGGGUGGCCCAGCAGACAGGGAAGGGUCCUUGAAAAUUGGGGACAGGCUGCUGAGCGUUGACGGGAUCCCUCUGCACAGCAUGACCCACGCUGACGCCCUCAACAUCCUGCGGCAGUGCAGCCAGGAGGCACUCUUCCAGAUCGAGUACGAUGUGACCAUCAUGGAUACUGUAGCAAAUGCUUCUGGUCCUUUACUAGUUGAGAUAGCAAAGACUCCGGGGUCUACACUGGGAAUCACUCUGACAACAGCCAUGCACCGGAACAAGCAGGUGAUUGUCAUCGAUAAGAUCAAGCCAGCCAGCGUGGUGGACAGAUGUGGCGCGUUGCACGUUGGUGACCACAUUCUCUCCAUCGAUGGCACGAGCACGGAGCACUGCUCGUUGUUAGAGGCAACUCAGCUUUUAGCUGCCACUUCAGAAAACGUCAAGCUGGAGAUAUUACCUGUUCACCAAAGCAGGCUGCCUUUGAAGCCUCCAGAAACAGUCAAGGUGCAGAAGAGUGACCACCACCACUGCUGGGACCCCUGUGUCAACUACUGUCACACCCACCACCCCGGACACUGCAAGACACCCACUUGGAACCAGACAUCUGGACAGGAUUACUGCAAAUCUCUGGUGGCUGCCAACUUCUCGUCUCCCACCAUGAAUGCGCAGGGCUUCCCUUGCCAGAACUCGAACACACUACCUCGCAGCUCCCACCCCAUGAGCCCCCGCACCACCAUGCUGAGGAGGAGGCAAAAGAAGAAGGAGCACAAGAGCUCAUUGUCGCUGGCCUCCAGCACGGUGGGUCCUGGCGGGCAGAUAGUCCACACUGAGACAACAGAGGUGGUGCUCAGGGGAGACCCUUUGAAUGGCUUCGGACUUCAGCUCCAGGGAGGAAUCUUUGCUACCGAAACUCUGUCUUCCCCUCCUCUCGUCCGCUUUAUUGAGCCUGACAGCCCGGCAGAGAGGUGUGGGCUGCUGCAGGUAGGAGACAGAGUCCUUUCUAUCAACGGCAUCGCGACUGAGGACGGGACCAUGGAGGAGGCCAACCAGCUCCUGCGGGAUGCCGCCCUCACCAACAAAGUGGUGCUCGAGAUCGAAUUCGACGUUGCAGAGUCUGUCAUACCCAGCAGCGGUACUUUCCACGUUAAAUUGCCCAAGAAAAGAGGUGUGGAGCUUGGAAUUACAAUCAGCUCUGCAAGCAGAAAGCCUGGGGAUCCUCUGAUCAUCUCUGACAUCAAGAAGGGGAGCGUCGCACACAGAACUGGCACCUUGGAGCCGGGAGACAAGCUGUUAGCCAUUGAUAACAUCCGACUCGACAAUUGCUCAAUGGAGGAUGCUGUGCAGAUUUUAAGGCAGUGUGAAGACCUGGUCAAAUUGAAGAUUAGGAAGGAUGAAGAUAACUCUGAUGAGCAGGAGACAACUGGUGCCAUUAUCUACACAGUGGAGCUGAAGCGCUACGGCGGCCCCUUGGGAAUAACCAUCUCUGGGACGGAGGAACCUUUUGAUCCCAUUGUCAUUUCGGGCUUGACUAAACGAGGGCUGGCAGAGAGAACUGGAGCCAUCCACAUCGGCGACCGGAUAUUGGCGAUCAAUAACGUGAGCCUGAAGGGCAAACCGCUGAGCGAGGCCAUUCACCUGCUGCAGAUGGCAGGAGAGACGGUCACCCUGAAGAUCAAGAAGCAGACAGAGAAAUCCUAUCCCAAGAAAUCGGGGAGUAUAAAUGAAGUGAGCGACCCAGAAGAUGAACUGACAGACUCACAGAAAACUAGCAAGCUGUCUGAGAUAUACUCCACUGCAAUUCCUAGUGUGGACAAUACUGUGGAGUCCUGGGAUGGCUCUGCCAUUGAUGCUGGGUAUGGAAGCCAAGGUACGUACAUACCUCAGGCUGCGGGCAUAGCCCUCCAUCCACAUGAAUGGAGACACAGCAGGCAGAAGAGCAGCACCCCUCCAGGGGACCCCAGAAAAAACUACCCCUACAUGGAUGGAAGCUUCAAUGAAGAUGACUGGGAUAAGCCCAGCAGAUACCCCAACCGCCAAAAUGGCCUUGAGACCACUCACGAGGAUAAUUUUUGGCGUGUUUUUGGAGAAGCUUUGGAGGAUUUGGAAACAUGCGGCCAGUCUGAACUUUUGAGGGAGAUUGAGGCAUCCAUCAUGACAGGGAGUGUGCACAACCUGGGCUUGGAGGGCAGCAAGCUGCUCCUGGACUCUGUCAACCCAUCGGGAAUGAGCCCAUUGAGGAAAGCGAACUCCAGCUGUGGUGACCGACAGACUGAGGGCAGUAGCUCCCCUGCCAAGAAGAACGAGAGGAACCUGGACAUGAAGAAGAUCGAGAAGGAGAUGCAGGAAAUCAUGUCCCCAACUCCCCUUGAGUUUCACAAGAUGACACUCCACAAAGAUCCGGAGAGGGAAGAUUUCGGAUUCAGUUUGUCAGAUGGCCUGCUAGAGAAAGGUGUCUAUGUAAAUAUGGUCCGUCCGGAUGGGCCAGCAGAUCAGUGUGGCCUCAAGCCAUAUGACAGAGUGCUUCAGGUAAUAAAUGAAAAAUGCAGUUCUGGAGGCUGGGACGGAGUGAAUGAGUGGCUGAGAGGAAGAGAGAAGUGAGACCCAUCCAUGACAGCACUAACUUUAAUGAAAGGUAAUAGUUAGCCAACUAGGUGAGCUCUUAGCCACCAAGCACUCAGUGGGACCUGUGGUUUAUAAUAAGAAAUCACUAGGUAGUACCUUCAGGUGGUACCCCAGGUGGUACCCCUAUUCCAGGACACAGUCUGUCCCAGCACUGCCCUUUUUGAAUUUGGACAGCUCAAAACAAGCAAAAAACUGUGUUGCUUCCUCUCCUCACCCUGAAUCCUUUUCCUGGUUUUCGGAUGAACCAGAUCGUAUUGACUGAUACGUGUUCCUGUGAAGCCCCUUGCAGAGUUAAGUAAUAUUCAUGAAGUUCUGUGCAUGCCUUUGACAACUAAAAGAGUUUUCUAGGAAACACAUCCUUCAAGCAAAGUGGUUUUUUAUGGAUAUUUUUCUUUGAAAGAGACUUGAUCUGGAAUAGGUGAUACAGAAACAGAAUAAACACUCUGGCCAAAAGCACAGUCUGUAAUGUGUGUCCUGGGCAAAUUGGACUACCAGAGGAACAGAAAGAGCCUGGUGAGAUUGCAGAGGAGCUUUUUAUGGACGAAAACCAACUAUUUUAGCUUUGGGGCAACUCAGACAGCAACUGAAGGAAGUGCAACCUCAAUGGAAAAAUUGCCACCAUUUGGAAAUGUAGAUAUUGUGACCAUAUUUGGAAACACUCAGAAAGAUGUUUAGUUUUACUGAUUUCUAGGCGGGGGUUCUUAGCAGUCGGAUUAGAGCCAAUAUAUUAUGUACAUCAGGUAACUGGAGGACUGGCAGCACUGUGGGGAACCUUGUUUAAGCUUGUUAUGGUCUCUAGCCAGUUGGCUGCUAUACAAUUACUCCUUCUCAGCUUCAAAUAAAAGAUGGUGCAAGAAUGAACAAGAAGCUAAUUAGGCUCUGGGCUGCCUUUCUGUUCCAUGUUGGAUGUGAUGCUUUUUCGCGAGUGCCAAGUGCUCUGGGAGGUGUGCCCAAAAUCCUAAACAGAGCGGCAUGGAAACUUUCGACACCCUCCUUGCACAUGCUGGGCCGCACAGCUCACACCUACGAGCAGAUGAGGUGAUUGCCAUGGCGCUGACAUGUGGAGCUGUGAGUGAGGGAUUGCAGACCCGGUACGGGCGACUCCCCUCCAGAAGUACAGAGGUGCAUUGCUGAGGAUGCUUCACAGUGCUGCGGAUCGUGGUCAUGGUGAUGUGCCUGAAGGCCAGUGGAACACCUUAUCCCUGCUGUCACAGACCCUCUGCCGCUCAGCUGGAUGGAUUAACCGGAGCAUGGCAUUGUAGGAAUGGCACUUCUGCACUGGGACUGCCUGGCUGGCAUAGAGCAAGGGCAGAACAAGCUCCUUGUUUAUCUCUCCUUGCCCAUGAGUUGGCUAGAAAUUGUCCCUUGUUACUACACUGUAAGGAGCAGUGUUGGGGUCAGCUGUGUGGACACAGGGAGACACCACUACCAUCAGAGAGCCCAGCUACGUGGGCAUGCAUUAAUUCUGGGAAAGAGUUUGGGAUGGAAGCAUUGUAGGGACUCAUCCAGCCUUU